AUGCCAUUCGCUUUCAGACGACAACCUUUCAGCGCGGUGUACACACUUUGCGGGGUCGUCUACCUUCUGGCAGCUCUUCCGGUAUGGCUCAUUCUAGAGGCACUGCCGUCUGCUCGUCCCCGCAGAUCCUGGUCCAUUAAACGUGCCCUCUUCGCUCGUGCGGCACGGUUCUUCAUUGGGGUGAUGUGGCGCACCUGCCUACCCGCCCCAAUUCCUCUGUCGAAAUACGAACAGAAUGCCAAGACACUUGGUUUCGUGUCGGUAGACGCCACUCACGAGCUCAUUGUGGGCGAAAUCGGCGAGAUCGCGAAGCAAACCCGCGUCAAAGCAGAGCGUACCGGCGGAUUCUGGUAUGGUCCUCGAGACCCAAAUGGCGACGUGGGGCAGCGACCGUCACCCGACGAAAGAGUCGUGUAUUACUUCCAUGGCGGGGGUCAUGUUAUGGGCUCAGCCCGCCCAGGAGGUGGAAGCAUGCCUAUAUUUAAAGGAUUCCUAGAACACUUGGGGCCAAACCUCCGCAUUUUUGCGCUCGAGUAUCGCAUAUCUUCGGCGGCGCCAUUCGAACCCGCCAAUCCCUUUCCGGCCUCCCUCGUGGAUGCCGUUGCGGGUUACAGAUACCUCAUCGAGGACGUCGGCUUCAGACCGCGUCAGAUCAUCCUCUCUGGAGAUUCCGCGGGAGGUGGCAUCGCGUUCAAUCUCGCUCGGUACAUCGCCACGGCAAAGCUCCCCUCUCUGCCUCAGCCCGGCGGUCUCAUCCUCCUCUCUCCCACCAUGGACUGGGCCCAGACCCAUACCGGUCCGGGGUCAUCCAUGGAGCGCAACUAUCGCUCCGACAUUGUGCAUGCCAUCCUCGAGAGCGGCUACACACCACGGGCAUUGAUAGGCAGCCUCCCGGAGGAAACCGCCUCAAAGAGCCCAUGGAUCUCACCCGGCUCCCUGCAGGCCGAAUGGCGGCCGGGGAUGUUCUCCGGCUUUCCUCGCACAGUCAUCGUUGCUGGAGGUGCGGAAUACACCCUGGACGGAAUGCACACAGCCGGGGAUCGGCUGAUCGAGGACAACGGGAAGGAGAACGUCACAUUCAUCGAGCCUCCUGAUGCGUUACACGACUUUUUGGCCAUGGAGUUCCAUGAGCCAGAGAGGACGGACGUACUGAAGGAACUUGCGGCGUGGAUGAAGACUUUAUGA